AUGAAAAAUAUAGUAUCAAUGAAAUUUUUUAUUUUUUUGAUCAAUUUCAUCUUGAUAGUAAUAUGGUUUACACGAGAAGAUUACAUUGUAGUAGAAGAAAAAUUAACUGAACUUAUCUUUGAUCCAGUCCAAACAUCAAUGAGUUUAAAAAAAUAUAUUGAUGAAUCUAUAGAUCCUUGUGAUGAUUUUUAUCAAUUUAGUUGUGGAAAAUGGAUACAAAAUGAAAAACAAAAAGAAAAAAAUUCUUCUUUAUCACAAAAUGUUAAAUAUAACUUUUAUGAUGAUAUUUAUAAUGGUAAAUAUAUUAAUAAAUCAAAAACAAUGAAAAAAUUAUAUAUUUUAUUAAAAAAAUGUGACCAAGUUUCAGGGAAAGAACAAUAUUUAUGUAAAGAAAUAGUUCUUUUAAUUGGUAGAUAUGGUAUUACAUCAUUCAUUAUUAAUGAAAUUAUGGAUAAAGAAAUACUUAAGUAUAACUAUAUAACAAUAGAAAAUAUGUAUGAAAAAAUUAAAAAAGAAUUUAUAAUAUUGGUUGAAAAAGAGGAUAACAUUUUUGAUACUGAAUCAAAAAAGAAUGUUAUAGAAAGUAUUAAAAAAUUAAAGUUAGAUAAAACAUUUCGUAAAUUUGUUAGUAACGUUACAUUAAUGGAAAAAUGUUAUGAUUAUAUUCAAUUUUCAGUUGAAGAUGAUAUUGAAAAAAUUUUAAAAAAUAUUACAAAUUUUUUUACAAAUAAAACAUUUGACGAUAUUACAUAUGAAAAAGAAUGUAAAUUUAUUAUGAGUAUAUCUAGUGCUGAUCAUCUUAAGUUAUAUCUUGGAAAAACUGCUUAUUAUACUGAUCCGUUAAGAAAAAUUUUUAUUUCACCAAGAUAUAUUGAAAAACCUUUAUUUAGUUUAUACUAUCCGAUGUCAUUAAACUAUGGAGGACUUGGUUUUACUAUGGCUCAUGAAAUAUUACAUGGUUUUGAUAGAUUAGGAGUUUCAGAUAAACCUGAAUAUCUUCAAUAUUCAAAUAUAUUAACAAAUAAAUCAAAAAUAAGAUAUGAUAAGGCAAAUAAAUGUCUUGAAAAACAAUAUAACAGUACACAAGAAGAAGUAACUGGAAAGUAUAUUAAUGGAUUAUUAACACUAAGAGAAAAUAUUGCUGAUAAUAAUGGAAUUAAAAUUUCUCAUCAAACAUUUAUGAAGUAUCUUAAAGAUAUUGGUGGUGAAGAACCUAAAAUUCCAGGUUUUGAAAAAUAUACACCUGAACAAUUAUUUUUUAUUAAUUUUGCUAGAUCUUUUUGUAGUUAUACAAGUGAUAAAAACAAAAUAGAGAAACGAUUAAAAGAUGACCAUGCUCCUAAUAAAAAUCGUAUUAUAGUUACUUUAGGUAAUUAUAAACCAUUUUCAAAUGCUUUUAAUUGUAAACUUGGAACAAAAAUGAAUCCAAUACAUAAAUGUUUAUUGGGAUAA